UACGUUUAAACAUUUCUGAAGUUUUUAUUUGUAAUUUAUGAUACAACCUUUUAUUUUUAUUUUGCGAUCUACAAGGAUAUGAUCUUGUCGAUAUAGCACAUAGCGCAAUCAGCUGUGACGAAUGUUGCGAUUAUAUAUUUUUACACCAAGUGUAUUUAGUAAUGUGUAACAUAAUUAUUAAUUUGUCAUUGAAAUUUCAACGAUCUUGCCCAAACAAUGUUUAACGUUUCUCAUGUGCUUGAUAACAUUUAUUUCUGCUAAUAAAAGUUCCGUGAAUUUAAGUGACUUAAAUAUUUCAACAAGAAUUAUUGAAAUUUACGCGAAAUCUUUAUUAAUAGCUACUUCAGCUGAUGUAAUUCAUUUGUAUAAUUAAUAAUAAUAGUAUUAGCAUAUGCAGCAGUUUUUAGGCAAGACUGUAAAAUGUUUUUAGUUUUCAUUGAUGUUUGAGGUUAUGUUUAUAAUAGAACAUUUCAAUGCUCAUCCUCUGUAAAACAACAAAUUGUUAUAUUAUUUAUCUUUUGCGUUGAAUACUUCAAAGUAUUUGGUGUCUGAGAAAUUUAAGCUGUGUAUAUGCAUAUGCUAUAUAAGCUAUUCAAGUGUCCUGGACUCGAUAAUCUUGGUAUGCACAAUUUUUUGGAUAUUGGAGAAUGGCCGAGGAUGAAGGUAGGGUUGAAUUCGUGACAGAUCCUUGUCCAAUAAAACCCCGUAAAAUCGGACCACAAAAUAUUGUUGUGCGUCUCAGAAGAAGAGAGACGAUAGGUUGUCUUUAUCCAGGAACACAAGUCCUGAUAGCCCGACAAUUCUAUCAGAAUGUCUUCCCAAAUUUCACUGUUGUCAAUGUGGAGAAACCACCAUGCUUCCUCAGGAAGUUCAGUCCAGAUGGAAGAUACCUGGUGGCCUUUAGUGCAGAUCAGACUUCCAUUGAGGUUUACGAAUAUCGAGGAGCAUCAGCAGCUGCUGAUUUGCUAGCAGAAUGCAAGGGGGAAUAUGUCGGUCAUAAAAAUGAUGAGCGUACUUUUCAAAUAAGAAGUAACAUAUUUACCAAGUUUUUCAAGGUGAAAUGGAUAGUCAAUGUUGUACAAAGCAACGAACAACUAAACAGAGAAUGUAGUUUAUUUACUGACGAUGGCAGAUAUGUAAUUGUCGGUUCAGCAGCACAUAUUCCUGACGAGCUUAGACCUCAUUUUUAUCAGAUUUAUUCAAACAAUGAGGCGCUAACUCCAAAUCCAAGAUCGCCACUGGAAGACUACAGUCUUCACCUGGUUGAUCUGCGAGGUGGAAAAUUAUGUGAUACAAGACAUUUCAAAGUAGACAAAAUAUAUUUGUCCCACAAUCAAGGUCUCUACUUGUACAAAGAUAUCCUAGCAGUACUCUCCGUACAGCACCAGACCAUACACAUAUUCCAAAUAUUGGACGGAAUGUUCAUAAACGUCCGAACAAUUGGAAGAUUUUGCUUAGAGGACGACGCAUACCUAGUUACGAGUGCCUGGCCUGGUGUAAAUUGUCGUCCAUUCAGAGACGCGACGAUAAAUAGUCUUAAACAUAAAUUAUUGGUAUACCUGUACAGAAGAGCCGAAUAUAUAAGCGAUACAACGCGGGACCCUUACGAACUACGCCGAUUUUACCAGUACUUCGAUCAGUUGCUGGAUACAAAUCACAUACUGGUGAGAUAUGCCAGUGAGGAAGUAGCAACCUUACAAGCAAACGAACCAAAUGCUCAACCAGCACUUCUAGUAGUUUAUGAUAUGGUGACUGCAAAAGUUCUUGCUGCGUAUGAUAACGCGUCGACGCAAUUAUUAACGCAGUUUGAAAAUUUCAGCGAUUUUUUUCGCAAUGCUCGCAUGAGCACGGACUGCCAAUACAUGUGUUCUCCGUCAAACAACAUUUACGCUAGAUUGAUGCAACAGAGAUUUAAACAGACAAUAGUCAGUGCUCGUUAUGGUGGUCUUACGGAAGCAACUAAAAGAUUGCUAGCGCAAUUGCCAAUAUGUGCACAAUCCUAUUCAAGUUCCCCAUAUUUGGAUUUAUCAUUGUUUUGCUAUGAUGACAAAUGGGUAUCGAUGAUGGAACGGCCAAAAGCUUGCGGCGAGCAUCCUAUAAGAUUCUAUGCCAGGGAUUCAGGAUUACUAAAGUUUCGUAUGUAUGCGGGAAUGCUGGGCAGAACUACUCCUGUGGUGGCGAGAAGACUCGUUGCCUUUACCUUUCAUCCGACAGAUCCUUUCGCUAUUUCUGUUCAGCGCACCAAUGCUGAAUAUAUUGUCAGUUUUCAUGUCCGACAUAUAUAAUACGCUAUAUUGG